UCGCUCGGUUGCCAGGGCCACGCGGUUGCCAAGGCCGCGGCUCAACGCGGUGGCGGCCCCGCCGCCACCGUCCGGGCCCGCCGCCGCCUCCUGCCCCGGGCCGGCGCCAUGGUGAAGCUCGCUGCCAAGUGCCUGCUGGCAGGAGAUCCAGCUGUGGGCAAGAGUGCUUUAGCCCAGAUGUUUCGCAGUGAUGGGGCUCAUUUUCAGAAGAACUACACACUGACAGCGGGCAUAGAACUGUUGGUGAAGGCUGUAUCAGUUCCAGAGACAAGUGAUAGUGUGGAAUUCUUCAUUUUUGACUCUGCAGGAAAAGAUCUAUUUUCUGAAAUGCUGGGGAAACUGUGGGAGCAACCCAACGUCCUGUGCCUUGUGUAUGAUGUCACUAAUGAGCAAUCCUUCAACAACUGUAGCAAAUGGUUGGAGAAACUGAGGGCUCAAGCAGUUGGCAUGCACAUCCCAGGUGUCUUAGUGGGGAAUAAAACAGACCUAGCUGAUUGUCGAGUUGUGGAGCAGGAGCAAGCACAGGAGUGGGCUGAGAAACAUGGCCUGGAAUACUGUGAGAUGUCAGUGAAGGAAAUGAAAAAUUUUGAGGCCCCAUUCCACAUUCUGGCAAAAUUAUUCCACCAGCUGUACAAAGAGAAAGUGGAAACUUUUCACUCACUAGCCUGACUGAAUCUGUUUCUUUCCUUCUGCGUGGCUCACUGUCCCUGCCUGGUGGGAGCCGCGUCGCGUCCAGCCGCUGUCGCUUGGUGACGCAGUGCCCUCUGCUGGUCCCAGGUCACAGGAGUUCUCCAGAGGCUGCCACCUCCCUUGAAGUGAACAGGAACGGCUUCCUGCAGCCGCUUCCAAAUUGGAUAAACUGCAAAGUGGAGUCAAAUUGCAAGAAUACCUUUUCUAUUUUAAAGAUUAAUCUAAAACUUAUAAAAAAAUUACCUUUUCUUCUUCAUGUCUUUAUCAUCUUACGUAUUGUUGUGUCAUUUUUGUCAGCUGAAUUUGGCAAUACCAUUCUGAUUAGGUGCAGUUCUCAAUCUGAAAAUCAGAGUCCUCUUAUUAAAGUCUCUCUGCUUGUCAUUGAAUUUCAGAUAAAAGACCAUGGUUCUGAUGUUGCUAGUGGAAACAGGACUAAGGAAAUGAAAGCCUGGCUAAGUUACUCUGACUCAGCUGUGUCUGGCUAGAAGUUUCAUAUUAGAAAGGGUAAAAGCCUAGAGAGAGUUGCUCUUUUGUGUGCAGUAUUGAUGUUGCAUAUGUAAGAGUCUUUGCUAAUGCAGUAUGCAGAAGCACCUGUGGUGAGGUCCUGCCUUGUAACUGAGCCUAACACCAAGAAUUUCAAAAAUUUAACCAUUAUCUUCCAGAUUAUGGUAGACCCCCGUAGGCAAGGGAAACUGAGUUUUGUAGAGACUAAGCACUGAGUGAUUUUUCAGGCAGUCUUUUCAGGAAUCUGUGUUUCAAGACUUUUAUAUGUGUGGUUUAUAAUAAUUUUUAUGCCCAGUGCUAGGAAAAGUACAUUAAAUUGAACAUAAGAAAUAUGGCUGCAGAUGUUGCAGGAGAGUUUAUGAAGCACUUCAAGAAUCUGGAGAAGCACUGCCCUCAUUUCACUGGCAACAGUGUGUUGAUGCUGGGAACUCACUAGGGAGCAUAAAUACCAGUUAAAGAGGGUGAGUAGGAGCUCAAUCUACAAGAAGUGAAAACAAGAGGUUCUUUUGCUAGAAGCCAACUCAAAAAUGGCAGAACAAGGUGGGAAAGCUCCUGCUUUCUCCAAAGAAGAAAGAAGGUCCUC